UAUUUACCAAUCAUAAGUAGGUAGCUAGAAACUGUUCGGAUUUAAGGAACAAAUUUACUUCUAAGUGAAAUCAAAUACUGCUCCACCUAAAAAACCCAACCACAAACUCCAACUUCAGCCGUGUAACUACACUGUGCAGCAAUGUCCAGAUCGGCAAAGGGCUUUGUGCGCCUUAUCAAUCCGGGCGUGGUACUCAAUCCGGAACUGAAUCAAAAGAUAGCCGCCUACGAGGCCUUGGCCAUCGAGCGAUCUGAUCUGGAUGACGAACUGAGCCGAUUACGCAAGCAGCUGGACGACACCGAGGAUAAUUUGGCAGAGGCGCUGGCCGAGGACGAGUUCCAGUGCAAUUUGAGGGGCCAGUCGUUCAAAGGUCCCGACGAGGACGAAAUGCAGCAAAUCCUUAGGAAUCAACUCGGUGGUAUUCUGAAAAAGAUGGCUGCCAAGUACGAGCGCCUUAUUUACCUGGAUGCGGACAUCAGAAAGCUGAAGGGAACCAUUGAGAAGGCCAUCACUGUGGCCAAUGAGGAAUCGGCAGCCGCCGCCUCAAUGUGAAAAUGUCUUCCCCCAUUCGUUGUAUUUCUACAUAUGUGUAUACCGGAAAUUCUAGUUCUACUUUGCUAUGUGAUGACCCCAUGUGCCGCCAUAAUAAGCCUAUAAUCAGUGAAAUAUGUGUUACUUUUGGAUUGCCCUACCCGUUCGAUGGCACGCGAAGUGCAUUCAUUCCGCAGGUCAUCUUAAAUCAUUUGGGCGAAAUUAAAGCCGCAACAAUCUCAUUUCCGGUAAUUCUUUAUGCACUCGCGCACAGACAAUCCAACGCGAGCCAGAAGACAUUGCAAAUUUAAUUGCGUAUACGCACUGUUGCCACUGCUGCCACUGCAGUCGCGGAAACAGCUUCCUCUGCUGACUCUAUCGUUAAGUGCAUAAAUUUAAUAAUGCCGAGCGUCUGGCGGUGUCAACGCGCUGCAGAGAUAUAGACUUGCAGGAUCGAUAGAGCUACAGCUUGAAAAUUUAUGGAAUUUCCUGUGCAAUGGAAAUGGUUGGCAUUUACUGAAUUUGUUUAAGUAAACCACUGCUGCAAAAUCUGAUGAAAAA